AUGACGGACGAUGCCUCGCACCGUGCCGCCAAGGCAGAAGAGGCGAACGACGCGGAAUCCCAAAAAAUCAUCAACCUCGUCCUCGUUUCCUUUCACGCCUGCAUCUGCUCAUUCACGGCGUCCUCCGUCAUCCCCGCCUUCGGGGACAUUGCCAAGCGGCUCGGCGUCACCAUCCAGGCCGCCUCGUACAUGACGUCGCUACAAAUCGCCGUCUUGGGCGGUGCACCGUUCCUCUGGAACCCGCUGGCACGCCGGUAUGGCCGCCUGCCCAUCUUCGUGUCGUCGCUGCUCGGCAGCGUUGCCUGCAACAUUGGAAGUGCCCGCAGCACCACGUACGGUGAGCUUGCAGCGUGCCGCGCUCUCGGCGCAUUCUUCAUCUCGCCCGCUGCAGCGCUCGGCAGCGGCACCGUCCAGGAGAUGUUCUUUGCCGGCGAGCGUGCGCAGUACAUGGGCGUGUGGACGCUCAUGUUCACCUUUGGCGUGCCCUUUGCCCCGUUCCUUUUUGGCUUCGCAGUCGAGCGGGUAGGCUACGAGUGGAUAUUCUGGACACUGGCCAUUACCAAUGUUGUCCAAUUCGUCUUUUACCUAGCCCUGGGGUCCGAAACCAGGUACAUCCGCGGCACCGGCGACGCGGCGACUCCCAUCCCUCGCCGUCUGGCCCUGCGGCGCAUCGACCCAACACCGUUCUCAGCGCUCGAGUUCGUGUAUCCCUUCAUCUACGCCGUGCGGUGGCGUGUCGCUAUCCCUGCAGCCUCCUACGCCAUGACGUUCCUCUUCUGCAACGUGGUGACAUCGGUCGAGAUCCCGCAGCUCUUUGCCGAAAAGUUUCACUUUGGCGGACAGACUCUUGGCCUGCAGUUCCUCGCGCUCAUCAUCGGUAGCCUCAUCGGCGAGGGGCUCGGCACCGUCGCGUCGUCGUGGUGGAUGGCGCGCGGGCCCGCGGCGCGACUCGGCCGUCUGCCCCCGCCGGAGCGCCGUUUAUGGCUCAGCCACAUCGGUUACGCGUGGUCCAUCUGCGGCAUAGUCGUUUUCCUCGUUAUGAGCGCGCAGCUGCGCGUGUAUAACGUGAGCCCCGUCGUCGGUGCAGGCAUCGCCGCCGCGGGCAACCAGGUCGUCACGACAGUGCUGGUCAACUACGCAGUUGACUGCUACCCUGACGACGCAGCGAGCGUGGGCGUCUUCAUCACAUUUGUGCGCCAAACAUGGGGCUUUAUCGGUCCUUUUUGGUUCCCGCAAAUGUUUGCCGCUACAGGCGCAGGAAGCGCAGGUAUCGCUGUUGGCCUGCUUAUCGCUGUUAGUGUCAUUCCAACCAUUGUACUGCAAAUCGCCGGCAGCAAGUGCAGCGUCCAGCCACCUAAAGAAAGCACCGAGCGUGAAGAGAGCGAGACCAAGCAAGUGAUUCUCAGUUAG